CAGAACACAUUCAUUGUUAACCUUUUACUUUACCUUCCGUAUCCGACAACUCUUUUACCUAUUUUCCCUCGCUUUUCCUUUUCCCCACCACUUUCUCUCUCUUUCUCUACUCAUCCUCGAACAAAACGAACCGAGAAUCUUUAAAAAAAAAAACCAAAAAAAAAAAAAAAAAAAGGCCUUUCGGCUGCGCAUGAUUCUGUCGUUUUCGUUGUCGUUUUGUUCCUCAAAUCCCAAAGCUGGUAUUUUUCUGCCAUUGCCGCUUUGUUUUACAUCCGCUUAGUCCAAAGCUUCUUCCAGUUUCCAUGUCCUUUAGUAGUUGCAGAUGGUGAUCAUUUCGAAGAAGUUGGAUCAAUGGGAGAUUUGACACGGAAUGGAGGUUAGGGUUUAGGGUUUAAUGUGAGUUGUUCUUGAUUCUGUUGUGUGGAAAAACAUGAUUUUGGAUCACUCAAAGCUGGCGGGUCCAGUGGAGAGAGACGUUGAGUUGGCCAUCACUGCUUUAAAAAAAGGUGCAAAUUUGCUCAAGUAUGGACGUAGAGGGAAGCCCAAGUUUUGUCCCUUCAGGCUCUCCAAUGAUGAAUGUUUUCUAAUAUGGUACUCAAGGAAAGAGGAGAAGUGCAUUAAAAUAAGCCAUAUAUCCAGAAUUAUACGUGGUCAGCGCACACCCACAUUUCAGAGGUAUCCUCGACCUGAUAAGGAAUAUCAAUCAUUUUCUAUUUUAUACAAGGAUAAGUCUUUAGAUUUGAUAUGCAAGGAUAAAGAGGAAGCUGAAGUAUGGUUCACUGGUCUAAAGGCAAUAAUUUUACGUUUUCAUCGUGAAAGGGGAAGAACAGAAUCAAGAAAUGAUGUAGCACCAUCUGAAUCAAGUAGUCCCAGAGCAUGCACUCAGAAGAGUUCUCCAUUGACCUCUUCGUUUGGUACUGCUGAUAAUUCACAGAAGGAUGGGGUGGAUGCUAUUUCUCCUAAUGUUGCAUGUGACAUUCCUCCUAAACUUGAUUUGGAGAAUGCACCAUCGAGCACGCCUCAAAAGGUAUCUGGGGGUUCAGAUGCUAUGGAUGGACCCUUAAAGGAUUCCAGCAUGGAUGCUUUUAGAGUUAGUUCAUCAAGUGCUGUUAGCUCAUCAAGUCAAGGUUCUGGCCAUGAUGGAGGUGAUGCUUUAGGUGAUGUUUUUAUCUGGGGGCAAGGCGUUGGUGAUGGCAUUUUAGGUGGUGGUGUCCAUAAAACUGGAAGUUGUUCUAGUGUUAAGAUGGAUUCUCAUGUGCCUAAAGCCUUGGAAUCCACGGUAGUACUUGACGUUCAGAGUAUGGCUUGUGGUGCACAGCAUGCUGUUUUGGUAACUAAGCAAGGAGAAGUAUUUUCAUGGGGUGAGGAAUUAGGUGGCAGGCUUGGACAUGGUGUAGACUGUGAUGUUUCUCAUCCAAAACUCAUAGAUCGUCUCAAAAAUAUCAAUAUUGAAUUUGUAGCGUGUGGGGAGUAUCAUUCCUGUGCGGUAACACUUUCUGGUGAGAUGUACACAUGGGGUGGUACUUCUUUCAAAUCUCAGCUCCUUGGACAUGGGAAUGAAGCCAGGCAAUGGGUUCCAAAAAAGUUAAAUGGCAUUUUAGAGGGAAUUCAUGUAUCACUAGUUUCAUGCGGGCCAUGGCAUACGGCUGUUGUGACCUCCGCUGGGCAAUUGUUUACUUUCGGCGAUGGAACUUUUGGUGCUCUAGGUCAUGGGGAUCAGACGAGUGUUUCAGUACCCAGGGAAGUUGAGUCCCUUAAAGGGCUUCGCACUAUGCGAGCUGCUUGUGGUGUUUGGCACACUGCUGCAGUCGUUGAAGUUAUGGUUGGGUUAUCUUGUUCCAGUAGUCGUUCUUCAGGAAAGCUUUUUACAUGGGGGGAUGGAGAUAAAGGUCGACUUGGGCAUGGAGACAAGGAAUCAAGACUUGUCCCUACUUGUGUUGCUGCCCUCGUCGAGCCAAGUUUUUGUCAAGUUGCUUGUGGCCACAGUCUGACGGUUGCACUUACAACCACUGGAAAGGUUUACACAAUGGGAAGCCCUGCUUGUGGUCAGUUAGGGCAUCCUCAAGCUGAUGGAAAGCUUCCCAUUCGUGUUGAGGGAAAGCUAACAAGGAAUUUCGUUGAAGAAAUUGCUUGUGGUGCUUAUCAUGUUGCAGUCUUAACUUCAAGAACUGAAGUCUACACUUGGGGAAAGGGUGCAAAUGGCCGUUUAGGCCAUGGGGAUACUGAAGAUAGAACUUCUCCCACGUUAGUUGAAGCUUUGAAAGACAAACAAGUUAAAACUAUUAUUUGUGGUGCUAACUUUACUGCAGCUAUUUGUCUUCACAAAUGGCACUCAGAUUUUGAUCAUUCAACUUGUUCGGGCUGUCGGCUUCCAUUUAAUUUCAAACGAAAAAGGCACAACUGUUAUAAUUGUGGACUUGUUCUAUGCCAUUCGUGUAGUAGUAAAAAGUCUGCCAAGGCUUCCAUGGCUCCAAAUCCAGACAAACCUUACCGUGUGUGUGAUAACUGUUUCGAGAAACUCACAAAGGCCACUCAAACCAACCCUUCAUCUCACUAUGCUCUUAGUAGAAGGGGAAGUGUGAAUCAGGGGGUCAAUGAACUCAUUGAAAAGAACAAAAGUCUGGAUUCACAAUCUCUUGUGAAAGAAAAUGAUAUAGCAUCUUUCAAAAGAAACAAGAAACUGGGAUUUAACAGUAACCGUGUACUCCCCAUUUCAAAUCAAGGUUCUGACUUCAGUACCAUUGACGGAUCGAAAUCAUUUAACCCUGUCUUUGGGUCAUCCAAGAAGUUCUUCUCAGCUUCUCUUCCGGGAUCUAGAAUUGCAUCAAGAGCAACCUCACCAACAUCAAGACGAUCUAGCCCGCCUCGCGCCAGAACUCCCAAUCAAACUCUUUCGGGAUUCAAUUUGUCAAAAGUUGUGAAUGAAACAAAAAGGACAAAUGAAAGUCUGAGCAAGGAAGUUGUUAAAUUAAGAGCUCAGGUUGAGGAUCUCACUUCCAGAUCUCAGCUUCAAGAAGUUGAAUUGGAGAAAACCACCCAACAGCUAAAGGAGGCUAUUGCAAUAGCAGCAGAAGAAACGGCGAAAUGCAAAGCAGCAAAGGAAGUGAUCAAGUCACUUACUGCUCAAUUAAAGGACAUGGCUGAAAGGUUUCCUACUCGAACAGAAAGGAGCAGCAAUACACCCUCAUUUUGUUCUGCUAGUCCUACUCAGGAUGUAUCUGCUCUAGCCACUGAUCGAAAGAACAGUCCAGUGGCCUGCCGUGAACUAGAUUCAAUUCAAACAAAUAGCCUGAUGAUUUGUAAUGUAUCGAGCGCUGUUGGUAAUAAUGCUUUAACUGUUACCGAGGUCUUGCAUUCAGAAGCAACAACUAAGAAUAAGGGUAGAGGUGCGAAAUCUGAGACCACAAAUGGUGACGAGUGGGUUGAGCAAGAUGAGGCAGGCGUAUAUUUUACUCUUGCUUCAUUGCCUGGAGGUCUCAAAUACCUCAAACGUGUCCGCUUCAGUCGGAAACGAUUCAGUGAGAAACAAGCGGAACAGUGGUGGGCAGCUAAUAGGUCUAGAGUAUAUCAGCGUUUCAAUGUUCAUGUGGUUGACAAGUCUACCAUUGGCUAGGAUGGAAAAAGGUUAGCUCAAUGCCUUACCACUGUCCAUGGCGCAGAUGAGUCGGCGGUUUCCAAAUGGAAGGCUUUAGAAAAGCCAGAUGGUUUGCUUGAGUUUUGGCUGCCAAAGGGCUGGACCUGUUUUCUAGUUGUGUAGAUAUGAUGUAAUUUUUCUUCGCAUUCUCGUCCUUCUCGAAUGUGUAUAAAUGCACAUAUAUUAUGCAUGUAUGUCCCCAGCCAUGUUAUAUUCA